AUGUCCAAACGGUCGUUUGCUCCACCGAAACUCCCCGUCACCAUUCUCACGGGGUUCCUCGGAAGUGGCAAGACGACGCUACUCAAUCACUUGCUCACGGAAAACCACGGCAAGAAGUUUGCCAUCAUCGAAAACGAGUUCGGGGAAGUCGGUGUGGACGAUCAGCUCAUUCGUCAAGUUGCCAGUCCCAACGACUUGGUCGGAGGGGAUGCUAGAAGCCGCAAAUUCAACAUGGGCGAGGAGAUAUUGACCAUGAACAACGGCUGCAUCUGCUGCUCCGUACGGGGAGACCUCGUUCGACUCAUUGCUCAAAUCGUCCGACGCAAUGGAAGUCGCAACCAGUUGGACGGGAUCAUCAUCGAAACGACCGGUAUGGCCGAUCCGGGUCCUGUCAUCCAGACUUUCUUUGCUGAGCCUCUGGUGGCGGCAACGUGCGAACUUGACGGCAUCAUCACCGUCGUUGAUGCAAAGCACAUUUUGCAGCACUUGUGCCCAGGCGCUGGUGUCGAGCACGAGUGCCAGGAGCAGAUUGCGUUCGCCGACCGCGUUCUACUGAACAAGACGGACCUGGUCAACUCGACAGAGCUCAAGGAGAUUCGAGCUCAAAUUUACAACAUCAACAGCACCGUGUCCAUUACCGAGUGCCAGCAGUGUCGAGUGGACUCGUCCGAGCUGCUCAACGUUCGAGCUUUCGACUUGAACUCGAUUCUCAAGCGACAGCCUGAUUUCCUCAAGAUCGAAAAGGACAGUGACGUGCACGACCACGAAGGCAAGCAGGACAGUGACGUCUCCCACCACGACCAUGAUGGCGCACACUAUCACGGCAGAAGCAGACACAACCACGCGUUGGUGUCGUCAGUGGGUCUGGUCUUGCCCGAUCCGAUUCUAGUAGCGCUACUGGAAGAGUGGAUCGACGACUUACUAGAGACAGAAGGAGACGAUCUACUGCGCUACAAGGGCGUUGUGAACGUUGCUGGUAUUGAUCAAAAGUACGUUUUCCAGGGCGUGCAUACGCUGUUCAACGGUCGAUUCGCCGACACGUGGGCGGCCGGGGAGACCCGGGAGACUCGAUUUGUUUUCAUCGGCAAAAACCUCGAUCGCGAGGCACUGACUAAAGGCUUUCUCGCCUGUCGAGCGACGCCGGACCUCCGUUUCCAGGUAGGCGAUCGGGUUAUCGCGAACACGGGCGAGGAGUGUUUCCAGACGGGCACGAUCGUGCAGCUUUGGGACCAGGGCAACCCGUACGCUAUUCAGCUUGACAAUGGGCGCAAGAUAUGGGCUCCUGUGGACGAGGCUGCACUCGUACAAGCGCUGGCGAUUGAAGAAGAGGAAGCAGCGGAUGAAAAGACGAGGCGACACCCUCUCGCGAUGGUCCACAUACUGGCAUGA